GCGACCAUGGUGAACUCGUAUUCGGUGCCCACUGAGGCCUCUCGCAUUCUGAAUGAUGGCAUCUUGAACAACCCACUUCACUCCGACCUCCCAUCGUCUCUUCGCCAGCUUGCCAAAAACGUCAUUUUUCACGGAAACGAUGAGCCAUCCAUCCCCAUGCCCUGGCGCUUCUCUGAGGCGGUGGCCGCUCUCAAAGCAUUGGAGGCUACGCUCGUGAACGCGCUGGUCGAGAAGAAGUACCAUGUCAACACCGGUGCGGUCCAUAUCAACACCGACCGUGCGAAUUUGCUGUUCAUGGCGGCGCUCUUGACGCGCGUGGACCCCGAGGGAGCAAAUGCACUGCUUCCUCCCGGUACAGACCCCUUCAUCAAAAACAAGGAUUACCAUGGCGCGCUAGGCUCUGACCACCGGCGGGCGGCGACCAAUUUGUAUCGAGCGAAAGACGGGCGGUAUAUUCAAAUUCAUGGUGGGAUGAACCCAGACAUAACACUGACUGCCCUUGGAUUACCGCUUGAGAGCGACAAGAAAGGCGUGGAUGCGACGAAGAUGGUGGCGGAUGUUGUAAGCCUCUACAACGCAGGGGACCUUGAAGAACUGCUAGUCCAUAAAUUCAAACAAGCCGCCGCUGUCGCCUCCACCGUCCAACAAUUUCUCGAUAGUGACCAGGGCAAAGCGAACGCCCAUGUCGGCUUGUUUCAAGUCCACCGGAUCACUGAUCCGUCGCAGCGGCCCGGCUGGUGGCCCGAGGCGCCGUCGUUCCCGUCUUCCCCGCAGCGACCGUUGGCCGGUCUGAAAGUCGUGGAUCUUACGUGGGUUAUUGCUGCCCCUUCCCUCACGCGCAGCUUGGCCGAAUACGGGGCGAGCGUCAUGCGCGUGACCGCGGGCCAUCUGUGUGAUUAUAGUGCAUUGCACGCAGAGUUGAACUGGGGGAAAUGGAACAGCGAACUCGAUCUCCGAAUUCAAGAGCAUCGCGAGAAACUCAAGGCACUGAUACUCGAUGCCGAUGUCGUGGUUGUUGGAUAUCGGCCGCUGGUUCUUGAAAAAUAUGGUUUCGGCAAGGACGCGGUUCUGGAACUUAUCAAACAGUCGGGGCGCGAACGCGGCAUCGUAUAUGCUCGCGUGAACUGUCACGGCUGGAAUGGGCCACUGGCGAAUCGACCCGGUUGGCAGCAAAUCAGCGACACCAGCACGGGUAUUGCGAUGGGUUUUGCAGAGGCCAUGGGAAUGUGUGAUGGCGAGGCGGUCGUUUCUCUAUUUCCUACAGCGGAUUACUGCGCAGGUCUAUCUGGCGCCAGUGGUGUCCUUCAAGCCCUCCUUGAACGAAACGAAAACGGAGGUUCCUAUGUCGUCGAUGUCGCCCUGAACUACUUCAAUGUCUGGCUCGCGCGAUCAUGUGGCCAAUACCCGAAAGGCGUCUGGGAAGAACUCCGGAAGCUGCACGAUUUUCCGACUUUUGCGCCUGAAGAAAAUCUCCCUGGUCUUAGCUUUCGAUGCAUUCAGAUGCUUAUGAGGAAUGCGCCAGGGCGGAUUAUCCGCUCUGACUGGUUGGAGGACCGGCAGUCAAGUGCGAUCGGGGUUAAGGUACGGACGGUCAAGCCGAUAGCGGAAUGGGAAGAGACCGCAGACGGCGGACAAGGAGUGCAGUCAGGCUUCAAUGUUGGUACGAGGGGAAAUGGUGUCGAUGCUGCAGAAUGGCCUGAUGAUCUCAGAGUUGAGAUCGUGACUGCCACAUGA